AUGUCCAUGAAAGCAAUCGUAUACAAAAGCCCUUUCAGCGUGGCUGUCGAGUUCAUGCCCAAGCCUAAGAUCGAGCACACGAACGAUGCAAUCAUCAGGGGGCGAACGCCUGCGGAUCCGGGGCUCAGGUUCGGACACGAGAACAUGGGGAUUGUUGAGGAGGUGGGGAAGGGGGUGGCCAUCCUCAAGAAAGGCGACCGUAUUGUCCUUCCAUUUAACGUGUCUUGCGGUCAUUGCAAGAACUGCGAACGCUCCCUCACCGCCUUCUGCCUCACCGUCAACCCCGGGUUCGCAGGAGGCGCGUACGGGUUCGCGAGCAUGGGACCGUACGCGGGUGGGCAAGCGCAGUACCUGCGUGUGCCUUGUGCGGACUUCAACGCCCUAGUCCUGCCACCAGGGAAGGCGUGGGAAGAGGACUUCAUCCUCCUGGCAGAUGUCUUCUCCACCGGAUGGCACGGGAUCACGCUCAGCAGCGUUGCCGUCUGGGGUGCUGGGCCUGUUGGUCUCAUGGCUGCCUACAGCGCGAUCCUGCGAGGUGCAUCUUCCGUUUUUGUAGUGGAUCGUGUUCCCGAGCGCCUCCAGAGGGCGCAGAAGAUUGGAUGCUUGCCCGUGGACUUCACACACUCGGAUCCGGUGGAGCAGAUCACCAAAAGGAACGGAGGCAUGGUCGACCGUGGCGUGGACGCGGUGGGCUAUCAAGCCGUAGCUUCGAACGGGAAAGAACAGCCGAAUGCUGUCUUGAGCGCUUUGCUUCAGGUCGUCCGCCCCACUGGAGGGAUUGGAAUUCCCGGCCUGUACCUCCCCGCGGACCCAGGCGCAAAAGACGAGGAAACCAAGAAUGGGAACUUGACCGUUCCGUUUGGCAAGCUGUUCGAAAAAGGCCUAUCCUUAGGCACGGGCCAAGCGAACGUCAAGGCUUAUAAUCGCGAGCUAAGGGAUCUCAUCGUGGCUGGGAGGGCAAAGCCGAGCUUCAUCGUAACGAGAAGAAUCGGCAUUGAUGAUGUUCCGGAGGCGUAUGAGAAAUUUGAUAAGAGGGCUGAUGCGAAGGUCUUGAUUCAUCCAAAUGGCUGGUCAACGUAACCACGCG